AUGCAGCGUAUUUUCGUUCCAAGUUCAAGCCCUGCUGCAUGGUGGGGCAACAGCAACGAAAACCAGGUGAUGUUGAAAGAGCUGGACUUCGAAGCGUCCGGCCUUUAUUCCUGCGAGGUAUCAACGGAGACCCCUAUUUACACUAAACCUUCAGACGAUCAAGAAAUGACCGUAAUGCAGGGCCAAUUAGAAGAUCCUCAUAUAUCUUUUGGAAAGCCAAUGUACACCGUUGGUGAGUGGUUACAGGUGAACUGUACCUCGGGGCCUGCGCGACCCACGCCAGACGUCACAUGGCUCAUCAACGGUAUACAGGCGGAGGAAAGUUCGAUGAAGAUGUUCCCCGAAGAGAGUCCUAACUCCGUCACCGUCCAGCUAGGAUUCGUCGUCGAAGAAUCUUACAUGGAAGGUCUCGAAUUGACGUGCAUUUCAACGAUUCCGGCUUUCCUCGGGCACCACGCCAGGCAUUCCCAGUACGCCGACCACAGGGCGCAUUCCAUUAAAGUUGUGGUGCUGCCGCAGACCCCCGAGCCGAUUGUUUUGGACAAUAGCUGUGCUGGUUCAGGCCAAAAGAGGGCCAAACUGAAUUACUUGCUUCUCGCGACUGUGCUUCUGAGUUCUGUAGCACAAUGUAAAAUCGAACCCACCUCCUAAAACGUACCCUAUAGGAUUACAAAAUAAUAACCGACUCGUUUUUUUAUAAAGCAACCCCCUCGACUGUGUGGCUGACGCACUUCGUUCACGGCCAAUCUCUUUAUUAUAGAAAUGUAAAAAUGGAAAGUAUUUAAUAAAUAAUGUAUAAGAGAUUUUAUACGGUUGAGUGAGUCAAUUAAGACAUCGGUUUAAAAAACUUAGGAGCUAGUCGUUCCCCGAAUCUCUUUUAGUUGAGCAAUGUUAAGACCAACGCACGUAGGAUUCCAAAAAACGGAAAUACUUCUGUAAAUAAAUUGAAAUUUAUUUUAUCGCGUUAUCUAACGGGGCAUUUGCUGCAUACAUGGCUGCAAGAUCAUAGAUUUUUAAUUAUAUUCCGACUUCAGAAAAUAUUUUAAAAAUGCUCAUGGUAUUGCAUGACUAUCAAUAAACAAUCAAAUUAAAAAAAAAAAAAAAUGAAAUAUAUAUCUUCUAUAUUCUUACUCGGAACAAUACAGCUUUUCCUGACAUUUUAACUAAACAACUAUCGAUUGUAAAUAAUUAGUGAGAUUCGUGUGCUUAUAUUUAAUAUUUUUUAUUUUAUUUUAUUUUUUUGAUAAAUAUAUUCUAGAUGUAAAGACGGUGUGAAUUUGUAUAACUGGGAAAGUUUAAAUAUUGAAAUAAUAAAUAUAUUUAUGUUUUGGAACGUUACAAUAUAAUUGUAAUUCGUGUUUUCAUGGGACUAACAUUGACGACAAGUGAGCAAAAGUAUUUUCAAUAAUAAUUUAAGAAAUUAACAAUCAUAAGGUCAUUUUAUAAGCGAUACUGUAUAUAAAGCGUUUUUCGAUUAGAUAUAUUUUAUUUUUAUUGCGUUGUACGUUAA